AUGGCUGUUGGUAACAUCACCCAGGACACUGCUGAAACCUCUCCAAACCAGAGCAACUGUGAUGUGUUUGUCUACCAAAAAACUGCAGUGGUCCUCUUCCCCAUUUUCUACUCUGUGGUUUUUAUCAUCAGUGCAUGCGGCAACAGCUUGGUUCUCUAUGUGAUCUGCCAGAAAAAGCAGAAGUUCAACUCCACCUCCAUCUAUCUGGUCAACCUCGCGCUGUCCGAUACUCUGUUCACCCUGACACUGCCAGGCAGGAUCACCUACUACAUCCUCCAGUAUGACUGGCCCUUUGGUGACCUCCUCUGCAGACUGACCACUCUCCUCUUCUUUGCAAAUACAUAUGCAGGUAUUGGCUUCAUGACCUGUAUCAGCCUGGACCGAUAUCUGGCCAUGGUGCAUCCACACCGGCUGCAGUGUUUGCGGAGCGUGCGGGUGGUUCGCAGGGUCUGCUGUCUGGUCUGGGCUCUGGUGUCUCUGCAGGUUGCUCCUCUGCUGUUCCGUAGCAUGGUGCACAAGAACCAGGAAAGAAGAACCUGCAUGGAGUACUUUGACUUUGAGGGCUCCCGCUUCACGCCUUAUCUCCUGCUUCUGGCCUGUUCUGUCUCCUUCUCCUGUCCGCUCAUCAUUAUCUUGGGCUGCUACGCCAAGAUCAACCUGAAGCUGCGAGCUGCAGCCAAGCAGAACUCUGUGACUGGCCGAUCAAGGAGGAAUCAUAGGGUCAACACCAUCAUUCUCCUCAUCCUCCUCACGUUUAUCAUAUGCUUCAGCCCUUACCACCUCAACGUUAUACAGUUUAUGUCCAGGAAGAUACACCACCAGGUAACCUGUGAGGAUCUGAAGGCCUUUAAGGUGUCCUUACAGGUUACAGUCUCACUAAUGAAUUUCAACUGCUGCUUGGAUCCAGUCAUCUACUUCUUUGCCAUUAAGACCUACAAAAAGCGGGUGAUGAGCCUGUUUAAGGAUUAUCUGUAUACUUCCGGUGCCUCCUCCAAAAUGACAGCUGAGAACAGCAGCAGCAACACCUGAACGAAACCACAUCUGAGGUUACAAGUGAUAUGCCUACAAAUGUCACAGUACAGGCCCAGUUCACUCUGUUAAACUCAAAAACGUCCAUUUUUGUCUCUUAUAUAGAUGCUCUCUCUGGAAAUGAAUGAUAAAUCUUUCAUUUACGAUAUUGUGAUAGUUGUGCAUGUAAAUAUGCAGUAGAUGUAGAUGCAAACGCAAGAAAUAUCAGAUUUCCAGCUCAACAAAAAUGUAUCCUCACAUGUAAAAGUGUUGUUCUCACCUUUGUUUGAGAACACUGU